UGUUUUAAAUUUUACAGUGGGGACCCAAAGCUUAUAGCAUAAAAAGUUUAAAAUAGCUAAAACAUUCACAUCAUUUGUUGAUUUCGUAUUUAGAAGUUAGAAAUAGCAGUGGUUUUCCAACAAUUUUCAACAGUCCUAUCAGCAAAAAAACAACAACCUAAAAGAGCAGAUUUCUGUGUCCUGUUCCUGUUAUCAGUUGGGCGGGACAUCUGGCAACUGACUGCCUGCAAUUACUUGUGUCACUAUCUCUCAUACAGGAGGACUGGGGCGUCCAUCAAGAUCCAGUGAGUAAUUUGAAUAGUAAAGAAAGAAAGGAAAUGGGCCAGCAGCAAGCCAUCAUUGCCGAGCCAGAAGAAUUGGAAGAAUCUGCUGUUCUUGUGGGGAAGGUGGAAGACUUUAAAGUAUCUAAGCGGAUGAGAACCACUGUGAAUGAUAAAGAAGUAGUGAUAUUUCAUCAUCUGGGCACAUUCCAUGCUCUGGAUCUUCGCUGCUAUCAUGCUGGAGGUCCUCUUCAUCUUGGAGAAAUAGAGGAUAUUAAUGGACAAGCAUGUAUUGUUUGUCCAUGGCACAAAUAUAAAAUAGUUUUGGAAAAUGGUGAAGGCCUGUACCAAGGGGUUGACCCUAAAGAUCCAAAACGAUCAAAGAAGUGGUUCUCCAAAGGAAGGAAACAAAGGACUCACAAAGUGACUGUGAAAGAUGGGAAUGUUUAUGUAAUGCUGUCAGAUCCGAAUAUGAAAUGUGAUUCUGAUUUCUUUGCAAAAGAAAAGUUCAAUGACGAAGUGUGUCCUGAUCCUGUUUAAACCUAUGCUUGCUAACUAAAAACUCUAUUGAACUCUAUUUUACUCUACGAUCGGCAACCAAUAACUCAUGCUCAGGGCUGCCAUAAAUCAGAGAUGAAUCACAUCCACAUCAAAUUUAAGUACAGUAAAUACAGAACAAGGCUAUGACCAGCUGAUCCAGAAAGCACAAUGGGGGGAAUUAAUCGUUCUUUUUACCCUUUUCUUCAGGUUGUUCUCUGGCGCAUCUGUUUGUCACAUUGUCAUUUUUGCAACGUUUGGUUGCGCCAAACCGUUUAUGUGCUUUUAAAGGGGAAGCUGUGCUGGAUGACAUUCCACGUUACUAUUUGCAGUGGUAAUGAAUUCAAUAAUUGCGACAAUAUGGGGCGUGUCUCUAUGUCGUUUGUCGCAAAUCUAUACCAUCUCUAUCUUGGUGUAGAAAAGUCACUCAAAUAGGUAUAUAUAGACCCACUCUACUUAUGUAAGCCAUAGAGGUUUUGUUAUAUUUUAUAUGACUGACAAAAAAAAUUGGAACAUUCUAUCUGAUGCUGUGUUGCAGAGCAAUUUUUUUCUAUUAGCAUUUCAUGGUCUAGAUACAUAACACAGCGCAAAGCAGCGGGACUCCAUGCACCUAAGUAGAGGCUCUGUACACAUUGCUCUACAGAUAUUGGGAUGGUUGGUUUGCUGUUAACUGCAGUCUGAAUCUGGAUUUGGUAUAUGCAAUAUGACUGGUUGCUGUUGUCUGUUAUAAUAAAGUCCCACAAUUCACAAUAUAAAACGAUUUCUUACAAUGACACAUAGUGUGAGUGUUUUUUUUUCUAAUUAAAGAUAUACAAUUCAACCAUGAGCCAAAUGGUCAG